AUGGUUUGUCUGCAACUUUUAGAUCAAAUGAUCGUACAAGUGAGGCAAGCGGCAUUGGCAAUAGAUUAUAGGUGUCACGGAAGAUUAUACUGUUCUUCUUGUUCUUCAUUUUCAUUUCAUAUAUUUUAUUGCCUUUUUUCAAUAUCUCUGGUGUCAAUCCUUGUUUAACUAUUUCUUUUAGAGUGAUGACAAUAUCAAAUCUGCCACCAAAAUGUGAAAAAGCUAAUAUGUCGUAAUUUUGUGGUAGAUCAUUUAAUAUCCAAUUUACAAAAGCUGCGAGUGGAGAAUUACAAAUUAUCUUCUGAUCAACAGUUGUUUGAU